UGUUAGCCUAGUUGGGCGUCACAACCUGUUCUUCAAGUUGUUGACAGGAUAUGUGACGUCGGUUUCGUGAAGCUAAUUGCUUGUUAUCGAUUGCCACUUUGGGAAGUCACGAUUCCCCCAACCGGCUCGACUAGCCGCCUUCUCGCGUUACACUUUCGAUCUCAAUUCACAACACAGCAACAUAAUCACGAAAGGUUGUUUAACGUGGUAAGAUCAUGAAGAGCUACGCAACGCAACAGCAAGCCAUUGGUGAAAUGGCAUUAAGCAAGGGGAUUACGCUCGAAGAGGUACACAAAUACUUCGCAUCUUCCCUUACAAGCUCUAUUCGCGAAACCCCCGGCCCUUCAGAUGAUUGGCACCUCAGCCGCGCCGAGCACCGUGUCUGGAAGCAUUUCUUUCCUGGCGAACCGUUCCCAGGAAAGAUCCAGCUCCCGAUUCUGGUUACCUCCACCAUGGCUAAGUCUGCCACUGAAAUCGAGCCCGGUACCAAAGCCGAACCCGUCAUCAAGACAGAACCCCUUGUGGACACCACAAAUCGGCGCUCGACACGCAUCGUUACCCCCAGCAACAGCCGCACCGAUCAAGAUUGGGUCCAUGAUCGUUAUGACAGCGAUAUAGAGGAGAGAUUGCCCCGUGGGGAGGAUCUAUAUCGACCAGGAUACACUGACAAGGCAAAGCCAAAUGACAGCUCUCUUAGAUUGCCCCGUGAAGCUGACUACUAUCGUCCAAAGCCGGUGGAGAAUCCGAGGACCUGCGAGAAUUUCGGUAGACUGUCUCGCCCGGACUUGGACAUGAAUACCGAUAUGGGAACCGUUAUCCGUUCCGGUAGCAGCCUGGGCUACGUUUCGAUGAGAAAUCUCAUCGAGACAAAAUACAGAGCCCGCGGAAUCCCUGAAUCUAGGUUUACCCGAAUCUGGCACGAGACUGCUACACGUGUCGCCAUGAAGUAUUCACAUGAGAGCUCCGACUGGCAACGUUGGGCUAAGGAAAAGCGAGUCUGGGAUCGGCUGUUUGAAAGCCGGUUCCCCGGUAUCGAACCUGCUAGGCAGGAGGUCAUGGCCCUUUCAUCAGGGCUCCCAGAAAAUCCGCCGAGGUCUGGGACGUACCAACCUCAAGAGAAAGUUAUGGAACAACUAGCGAUGCGUCAAGGCAUUCGCCACGAAUUCUUCCAGUUCUUACAACAGGCUCGCGAUCAAGCUAGAGCCAACCAUGGCGGAUGUAGUAAUGAAAUUCGUCACUUUUAUGCUGACCGGAUGACCUGGAUGAAAUUCUUCCGUGAUCACCCUUUCCAGGGUGUCGAGCCUGAGGAGGGACAUGGUGCAAUGUGUAAGGCCAAGCAGGCCAAGGGAUUUUCACCUCCCACAGGCCCAUCGUCAAGAUCACAACAGGUCUUUCGAGCCACUCCGGCAGUUAGCUAUCAAUCUGGCACUACUCCGGGCACGUUGCAGCAAAAGUACCGUCUUGCUCUUGUGCCCGCGAGUACGACUCAGAUUGGGAGACAACUCGAUCUGAAUGCUCGCCCCAGUGUCCCUCCGUUGAACAUGCUUCUCGCCUUAGAUGGCGUACGGAAGGAAUACAAUAGGCCUAAAGACGAUGGUGCUGGAUUGAUCAUGACGUCUCAAGGGCCUACAUUCUGUGACGCUAGGAAGGUUGUUGAAGUUUGGCGUUUCUUCACGAAGGAGGGUUGCAAGCCCCUUGCAGCUAUUGGGGAAGAACUCAAAUGUGCUCUCCAUUUCAUGAAGUCUGAUGAGGAGCGCCAGCUCUUACUUUGGGCAACUCCAGCAGUUGGUUGCGGGGACAAUAUCACCGCUUUGAAUCGUGGCCAAGCUUUCCUUCAAGGUGUAAGUUAUGAUACGUCUUCCUCUGACAUAUGAAGCUGAUUUGGCCUUGAAGUGGGUUAAGCGUGUCCUGACAUUCGAGAUGGUAACUCCAUCAGUCCAUUGGAACGAGAUUCGCUCAACCAUGAACACCAUCGCAACAGACUUUCAGCAACCGGAGGAAGGUUGGACCGAGUACAAGAGAUCUACAGGCGCUAGCGAC